CAUCAGUGUGAUAAGAUGAUUCGCGAGAAACAGUCGUUGUGAGGGUCAUCGAGCAAGCGAGUGACCAGCCAACCGCAAUCUGCGCGACACAGACAUCGUACACGGGUGGAAAUUAAAUUAGCACUUCGACCGAGUAUUCUCGCGAAGCACGUAUCCGUAGGUCCACCAGCCGCUUCAUCCGAGAGUCUGCUGCGGAGCUGGACUGUAGCGGUGAUAGUGGUGGUGGUAGUGCAGCUGGUGCUAGUAGUGGUGGUGGUGGUAGUAGUGGUGGUGGUGGUGGUAGUGGUGGUGGUGGUAGUGGUGACGGCGACUGGGAGAGCGCGCGACGGUGGCGUUACCGUUUGGAAAAUCGACGACGGCUCGAGGCUUCUAGAAGAACGCGGGGCGCCGUAGAGGCGGCCGGAGAACUGCUGGACGACUCGCUGUCGGAGAACCGCGGGACAACUCAAUUGUAGUGCAUUUCCGGAGAGAAAUCAGAUUUGCAUAAACAAUGGCAGCAUUACCUAGGAGGAUUAUUAAAGAAACUCAAAGAUUAAUGCAAGAACCAGUUCCUGGUAUUAGUGCUGUGCCGGACGAUACAAAUGCUAGGUAUUUUCAUGUAAUAGUAACGGGACCUGAAGACUCGCCGUUUGAAGGUGGAUUGUUUAAGCUCGAGUUGUUCCUACCUGAAGAUUAUCCAAUGUCUGCUCCUAAAGUUAGAUUCAUUACAAAAAUAUAUCAUCCAAAUAUAGACAGAUUGGGCAGGAUCUGCCUGGAUAUUCUAAAGGACAAGUGGAGCCCGGCUCUUCAAAUCAGAACAGUCUUGCUAUCCAUACAGGCGCUCCUGAGCGCACCGAAUCCCGACGAUCCUUUGGCGAACGAUGUAGCUGAACUUUGGAAGGUCAACGAAAGUGAAGCGAUACGUAAUGCCAAAGAAUGGACUCGGAGAUACGCUAUGGACAACUGAUCUCAGCCUUUACAGAUCGCCUACGUCGCGAAGCGUCGUUAUUCCUACCUGUCCCAGACUUCUAAUCACCUUACCCGCACCAACUGCGUAUCCCGCACCUGUGUCCACAAUUUUGCUAUAAAAAUAAUAAAAUUUUUGUAAGAGCAAAACAGAAUGGAUAUUUUCUAUAUGGGGAGUACACAAAGCACCGUUGGAUUUUAUUCAACCGCUCAUUGAGAAACUUCGAAGAAUGUUAGUGGAAGGACGCGACAUAUACAUACAUAUAUAUGUAUAUAUAUGUAUAUGUAUCGAAUUAUAUUACAAUUUAAGUUCCAAGUUACAUUAAGAGAAGUUAUUGUGUGACGUACGAUUCGUUUAACGUAUUGCUACGGAAUCUUUCGUGCAAUUUAUAAUUUAUACUUUUUUCUAUUUCUAUAGUGUAUUGUCUCUAUAAUAGUGGAUUUGAACGGCUUGAAUGGCUUAUACGUUCCGAGAUAAACUUUUUUUGUUCGAUAAGAAUAAUUUCAUAUAUAUAUGUAUAUAUAUAUGUAUGUAUAUGUAUAUAUAUGUAUGUAUAUAUAUGUAUAUAUGUGUAUGUAUAUAUAUAUAUACACCAACUGGUUGUCAUCUGUCCGAUACAUCGUAGACUUAAGUAUUCUUGCAUAUUUUAGAAUAGAGAAUGGAUAUAAGAGAGCGAUCGUUAUAAAGAAAUUACAUCGGAAAUAACUGUUAUUUAUCACAGAUAUCUUAUAGAUAAUAUAUUAAAAGAAAAAAAGAAGUUAUAAAAAAAAAACUCGCAAUCUGUGUAAACUUAAGCGUCUUCUAACGUAUACAGUUGUUUUUUCGCAAGAUGUAGGAUACUAUUAUGAGAAUUUCAUUUUCAAUGUAUAAUAAUGGAUAAUAAGAAGCAUUCGAAUAAUUGGUUUUGCUCAUAAAGUGCAUUGUAAGUGAAUACGAAUCUUCCAUUAUUAUGUUAAUGAUAAUUGCCAAACAAUUACUUAAUGUGUAAAUACAAAUAAGAGAGAAAAAGAGAAUAGAACAAUUCUUUAUUGCUUCUCGCAAUAAAUGAGUUCUAUUAAGAGAUACGAGAGUACAUGUAAUAAUAAAUUUCCGUGUAAGAAAAAUCGAGCCUGCUAUAUACAUACAUACAUACAUACAUACAUACAUAUAUAUAUAUAUAUAUAUAUAUAUAUAUAUAUAUAUAUAUAUAUAUAUAUAUAUAUGUUUAUAUAUAUAUAUAUAUAAACUAUAGUUUCAUGACUAUUAUUUACAUAUAUAGAGCACCCUCCCCCGUGUGUGAAAUAUGUAGCAACCUAUUUAAAUAUAAAUAUUUUCCAUGUGAGAUCAAAUUAAUAAUCGCCACACAGGAGAAUCGAACAAGCGAAAAGUAGCUAAAUUUACAGAUAUCGUAUGUUGUAUAAUUAAAUAUAGAGGAAGAUAAUAGAGACGAAUCUCAGCGAUAAAACGGCAUACCACAGGAAAUACAUAUAUCGAUGACAGAAAUGUUUAAUAUAUUCUCAUCACGGGGGCAUUGGCUUGAUGAACUAUGCGAGAAUAAUAAUGUCAAUGCAACACGGAUAACGAGAUCAAGUGAAAGAGAGAGAAAGAGAAAGACACAUACAACCAGUUAGUAUAUAAAAAAAAGCGAAGAUGUUAUGAGUCACCUUUGAAUAUAAUUAUUACGACAGUUCGGAAAGUUCUGUAAUUCAAGGACACUGGGAUCGGUUUAAACAAUUGUAGAUAAUCUGCAAUAAUAAAGAGAUUAUUAUUAAGAGUUUGGGACAUACAGAGUAAUUAUUCUAUUGUACGCACACGUUAUGUAUCUCGUAUCGGUACAGAAAAAAUUGUCCGAGAACUAUUGCGAAGCGAUUAACGCGUAUAAACUCUGCUCCGAUAAUAAAUUAAGACCCUGAAAAAGUUCCUUUCUUUUCAUAUUCGCCUUGGUUGUACGAUUGCACGUUCCAUUGCAAAACUUUAACAUGCAAUAUCCAAAUGUAUGUGUUAUCGAUUUAAAAUAAAUAAAAUUUCAUUUAA